UAUAUAAUCAGCGUAAAGAAAAUAUUAGACAGAAAACUUGUCGCUAAUUUGACCCUCUACACUGCUCGCAUACCCUCUGCAGAUCAAGUUCCGGUAGCCGGUAUCUCGUUUUCUCUCAGGCUUGAACAGGUCAACAUGGCAUCCUUGAUGAGAUUGAGUGUGAGGAGGGUCGCCUCCAGUGUCUCCAGGACACCCAAGAGGAACUUCCAUGACAAACUCUACGCCGACAGACUGGACUACCCAGCCCCCAACUGCAGAUUUGUGCAGGAAGCUGAACUCUCAGCAGAGAUGCAGGCACUCAAAGUCAAAGAGAGGGGUGACUGGAAAGCAUUGACACAGGCCGAUAAGAAAGAACUGUACAGGAUGAGCUUCAACAAGACCUAUUCAGAAAUGAGGGCCCCUACUGGUGAAUGGAAAUAUGUCAUUGGUGGAGUGUGUAUAGCAAUAGCAGUCUCUGGAGUCAUCUAUGGCUUCCAGAAGGCAUACAUCUCGCCACCCCUGCCACACACCAUGUCGGACGAGUGGCAAGAAGCCCAGCUCAGGUACCAGAUCGCCAUCAGGAACGGUCCAGUCACCGGCAUAGCCUCCCAGUGGGACUACGAGAAGAACGAAUGGAAGAAAUAGACCACCAAACCCAAACCAUGUCCCUCAAACCUGUAUAUUUGAUAUGAGAAAUAUUCAUUAACUUGCUAGAUAGGAUCUAAAUUAUCCUCAGGACAUGAAUCUAAAUGCAAAUGGGAUCGGUGUCGUGCUAGAGUGUUGUGAUUUAUCUUGAUGAAUACCGAUAAUAGGAAUAUGAACGAGGCUUAAGAAAAAUCAUAAUUCAUUUCCCCACCACACAUGUAUUGUAUAGAUUAUAUUAUAGAACUGGUAGCUUUUUGAGUUCUUUAACCAAACACUCGGCAUUGUCCUAGAUACAUUCUAUAAUGGAUUCGAAAAUCAGCGACUUAAGGAUGCAAUUAAAUGAACGGUUUAAACCUUAUGAGGUGUGAAAGUCAAGUCAAUGCUAUCGACAGUAUCCACCAAAUUAACUUGAUGUGCAAGAUAUUUACUUGAUGUUGAAUGCAAGAAAUUAACUUAUGAAUGUGACUUGUAAUUAUAACUUGCACAGGUGAAAGUGUAAAGAAAAGGAGAAUUAUAUUUCUGUAGUGCUGUGUGUUUUGUGGUUUUUAUUGAAGUUGGACUUUUCCCAGACAAUUGAUUUUGUCCUCUGUGUUUUAGAUUGAUGUCUUGACAAUAUCAGAUGCAAAAUUAAAAUGUUUUGAACAUUUGAUGCCAA